CGACUUCGAUCGCCAAUUACACCGAUUUACCCAGCUCGUUAAAAUGGCAGGAGUUAACAAUUCGACGGUUGUGCCACCAAAGAGGGCCCUUACCGACUAUCCGCUCAUUGACUCUGACCCGCACGUGCGACGAGUUUUUGGAUACGCGAGGCCCUCGGACUAUGCGGUUGGUGCUGGAGCAGCUGCGGCGUCUCCGCUCGCAUUCUGGCUCAUGGAGAGAGUGAGCCCGUCGCAUGUGGGCAGAGGAGGCUUUUCGCCUGUGAUGAGGCUGGCGACGGCGAUCGGUCUCAUUGGUGGUGUACAUGUCCUCUAUCAGAGAUCGUGCAAUCGCUUCCAUGGCUUCACGGAGAACUCAAGGGAGGUUGAAAUGGACAUGAGGGAAAUGGUGGACAAGGUCAAGAAAGGUGAACCUCUGUACGGUGCUUCGCAGGUGUCCCCACACCUGCAGGGUGUAGCUGCUAGGAACUCUCGAUACGCCAAUCUCUUCAUUCAAGUGAUUCCGUGGUUUAAUCUUGUCAACCAUGAACAUCAUGGUGUCGAUACAGCAAAGUACUACCAGCAAGCUGAGCGGGAGCUUGAAGCAGAACGCCUGUCUAAAUUAAGCUCUUCUUGAACAUGGUUGGAAUCAUGAAGGGGGUGGAUAUAUCUUGUUCAUCGCGUCACUGACCGGGAAGCCAUCUCCUUCGAUAAUGUAUGUUAGCAAGCGGAGCUACAACAAUUGUAUAAUUAAGUUGUCAAGGUC